AUGCAUUGCAAGUUUCUCCCCACGUUGCUGGCUUUUCUGAGCUGCGCAAACUGUACCUUCGCAGCGUAUCCCAAAUAUGGAGAGUGCAACAGCGACCCAUAUUCUGCCUAUUCAUCACUUGCGAACUAUGGUCCUGCUGUCGAAUAUUGCAAUACCAAGUAUCCGCCGACAGUUGUCUACGCUCAAGUGAAGAAGAUUCGCCGCGAAGAGCCGGACGCCGAUCAUACUGCUCAGGCGGGUGGCUAUGGAUAUGGCCACAGUGAAUCCGGACUUUGGGACAAACUGCGCAACGACGAGGAUCAUCUGCGCACCUUCUGCUCUUGCCUCGGAUAUCCAAAGACUACUACACAUUCCCAGCCCAAGACGUAUGUUCCGGUCGUCUAUCCUCCGACCUCAAAGACUACGAAGGCAGGCUCAACGACAAAGGCAACAUCGACUCUGACUACGAGCACUGGGAGCAGAAGCACGUCUCAAAGCACAAGCAAUCCCAUCGAGACCACGACGUCGGGUUCUACGACGGAAGCAACAACAACUCGAACUACGAGCACCCAAAGCACAUCAGGUCAGACCACAAGCACAGCAGCUCAAAGCACAAGCACGUCCGCUCAGACACCAUCCACGAGCACAACCACUCAAACUCAAUCCACAAGCACGUCCACUCAGAGUCAAGUCACAAGCACAAUCACUCAGACUCAAGACACGUCAUCUCAGACCAGCACCACCUCAUCAACCAGUAUAGCUUCUACGAGCACGUCUGGCAGCACUACAACAUCUGCUGCCUCCACCACUAGCUCUCAGAGCACCACCACCUCUACUGAGAGCACUUCAACUUCUAUGAGUACUACGACCUCAGCUGGAAGCACGACCUCUGCUGAAAGCACGACUACUACUGAGAGCACCACAACCUCUCAGAGCACUACUACCUCUCAGAGCACGACCACUCCUGCUGAGAGCACGACGACUACUACCGAUAGCACAACGACGCUGAGCACGACGAGUAGCUCUACAACGACAGAGACCACCACUACCACGCUGAGUACGACAACGACAACCUCUUCAACGGAGGAUGCUACAACGACGACGACCACCAGUGAUGCCUCGACGACUACUACCGACUCAACAACGACCAGCGAUUCCACAACGAAGACAGACGACUACAACGACCAGUGA